AUGGCCGUCCGGUUGACACUAAAGCGCAUGGGCAUUCCGACGUCGAUAUGGGCGCGGCUAUUCAUUCUGGUCGCGCUCCUCGAGGUCUUUGCAAUCGUGUGCAUCCAAGGCUACGUUAUUAAGCGCACAGUGAACAUAUACAAAAACGGCGUCGAGAGCCAGUGGGGGUUCGGGGUACUCAGCGGCAGCACCAAAAUGUCCAUCACGCAAGAGUCAUUCAUUGUCUACGACGUUAUCUUCAUAGUCGCGCAGCUCUUCCUUCUGAUGCUAUGCUGGGAGGCAGUUGCGCACAAAAACACAAUCCAGAUCAUUGCCGCGACACUAUUCAACGUCAUGUGCCUGAUAUACUCGUUCAUCCAGUACACGACGUUUUAUAUCCACCCGAGCUCAUCGGCGGGGAUUUUCCAAAAGGACAAUGAUAUGCGGGUGUUGCAAAUCACCACGAUGGUGGUUUACUCGCUGUGCUCGGUGGCGUUUGCCAUGCUGACGUGGGAGCUGUACCAGCUGUUUGGCUGGAAAACGUACAAGAAGCUGGGUGCGAAUUUGGCGCUGCGACGCGCAUACAAGUGGCAUCAGAUCCUACUGACGCUGUUGAAGUUGGAUAUAUUCUUUUUCAUUUCGUACUCGGUGCAGUUGGCCACCUUGGUUCUGCGCGUCAGCGAUCCAGAGACUUGGAUUCAAAUUGGCGUGGUCAUCCCGGGCAGCAUUGUAUUUUUGGUUUUGUCGUUUUGGGCGCUCAAGGUGGAGCAGAAACGGGUGAUGGUUGUGGUUAUUGUUUGCCUCGGCCUGUCGCCCGCCUACUUUAUCUACAGGAUCGUCCGCAUGAACGUUGGUAUUGACAAGGAUAAUGACCCGUAUUUGGAUAGCAGGAAGUACUUGACCUUUUUCAUUGUUGUCACGCUAGCGCUUACCUUGGUCACUGUGUAUGUGUCCAUUCACUGCUACCGCAACUUUGGCACAGGGCUUAAGGAGGCUAUUGCUGAUUAUAAUGCGCGCAAGGCUCAACUCAAGGCUAAUAAGGCUAUGCUGAAUUCCGGAGACGCUGAUACUGCUGCUGUGAAUAAUGACAAUGACGAGUACACGGAUGUGCACGAGCGCUUUGUGCUUGAGUAA